CAUUAACAGCAUCUAGAUAAUAAUUUUUUUAGUAUUUAGGUAGUGUAAAAAAGAACAAAUAUAGGAAAAAUAGAAAAGCAAAAGAAUAAAAAGAGAAGAAAAUUUACUGUGAACAUUAACAGCAUCUAGUUUGUAGUUGACUGGCCUGAGCAUGAAUGACAUAAAUAGACACUAGUGGAUUGUUCAUUCUCUAUAUAAAUUAAAAACUUUCCUCUCAACACAUAUACUAUCAUAAACUAGCUACAUACAACAUAAUAAAGGCCAAGUAGAGGGAAUAUUUAUAGUAUACUACUGAAAACUUCUUUCUGAAGUUCCAUAUAUUAUCAGUUUAACACUUAAGUUUCAAAAGAAACUACCUUCAAUGAUGGAAGGUCUCAGAAACUGUUGGCUUUUAUCUUUGGUAAUACUUAUUCUUACUGUCUCAUGCACUUCAGAUGCAAGGCAUCAUCAUAAAAAGCCUUCUGCAGUUAUAGUUGGUGCUGUUUUUUGUGACACUUGCUUCCAAGAUGACCUUUCUAAGGGCAGCCAUUACAUAUCAGGUGCAACUGUUGCAGUAAGAUGUGCAGAAGGGCGCUCGAGACCAGAAUUUUACCAAGAGGUAAAAACAGAUAAUCAAGGAAAUUUUAAGGUGCAAUUACCCUUCUCAGUCAGCAAACAUGUUAAAAAAAUUGAAGGUUGUAUUGUGAAGCUGGUUAAGAGCAGUGAAUCAUAUUGUGCAGUGGCCUCUACUGCUACUUCAUCAUUGAUCCACCUAAAGGGUAAAAAAGGAGGAAAACACAUCUUUUCUGCUGGUUUCUUCACUUUUAAGCCCUUUAAACAACCUGGUGUAUGUAAUCAACAACCAAGUGUAACAAAUUCCCAGUUAAAUUCUCUUGAAGACUUAUUUAACCCACAAUACCCAACAAUUCCAACAAUACCAGAUAUUCAUACACCUGUUACACCAAACCCUGCAACAUCAACUUAUCCAAAUACACCUUCAAUGCCAAAUUGGCCUAACCUUCCACCACUCCCUACACUCCCAUCUCUCCCACCGCUUCCUAAACUUCCGUCUCUCCCAACUUUACCGCCUACUACUACAAUCCCGGGCAUACCUAUAGGGCCUUACGAGGACAAAAAAUUGGAAAAUGGUUUGGUGACACAACCACAACAGUUUUUUCCACCAAUUAUUCCACCAGUACUUACUCCCCCACCAGGUCCUUUCCCUUUACCGCCUAACCCACUUCAGCCAGCACCUCUGCUGCCGAACCCCUUACAGCCACCGGCUCCACCUCUCAUCCCAAAUCCAUUUCAGCCCCCGACUCCACCACCAAGUUUAUUGCCUCCUACACCCCUGCCCCCUCUUCCACCUCUUCCUCCCUUGCCUACUUUGCCACCAGUACCUGGAUUAAAUCCAACACCUUCACCACCACCACCAGCAUCUUCAUUUCCCCUUCCUCCAAUAAUCCCAUUGCCACCUACACCGCUCUUCCCUGGUUUUCCUCCAUUGAGGUCAAAGAAAGUGAACCCUUGAAGAGUAGUUAGCUAGCAUGUACAAUCUUUGUAAUCAAUAACCACCUACCAGUAUGAUUUCCAUCUUUGCUUUUAUUUGCUGCUUUCUCUUUUCAAGUUAUUUAAAAAAAGGAAAAAGGAAAAAUAUUCAGCCUUCUCCACGGAUAGAAAUUAGGUCUGUAAUGUGUUAUCUUACCCAAAGUUUGCAUGUUUUUGUUCA